AUGGCUCUCAAGGACGACGAUGUGAAAGAACUUGAUCAAAGCGAAGACUUUUCGAAAGUGCAAGAGAAUGGCGUUGACUGGGUAACGGGCGACAAUCAAGAGGUGCGCUGGAGGGGCAGCACUAUAACGGUGUUUGAGGAGGAUAAUGGGAAGACAAUCUCAACAGUCAUAAAAAGGAGUGAAGGGUCACUCAAAGUUGCUCCAAGCAUGAAUCUGUACAUUGUUGGCGGAAAAUUCAAAGUAGUAUAG